CAAGUCUCUUCAAUAUAUGUAUCGGGAGUUUGAUAACACAGGAGUCAAAGCAUUUUAGAUUGCUGUAUACAUAAAUCAGGAUGUUGCUGAAAAUACUGUUGUUGGCUACACUUACUAUAAAGUGUUCUGAAAUGUGUGGUUACUCCUGUGAGAAAAACUUUGGCAGCUGUAAAGAAAUUAAACAAUGGGACAGAACAGCUAGAGAUGGGAUUUAUACACUGAUCACUGAAAACGGGACACCCUACAAUGCAUUCUGUGAUAUGACCACUAAUGGUGGUGGUUGGACUUUGGUGGCUAGCAUUCAUGAAAAUAACAUAUUGGGCAAAUGUACAACUGGAGAUAGAUGGUCCAACCAGCAAGGAAGUGAUCCCAACAACCCAGAGGGUGAUGGCAACUGGGCAAACUAUGCAACAUUUGGUACACCUGAAGGAGCCACUAGUGAUGACUACAAGAAUCAUGGAUAUUAUGAUAUCAGAGCUAGUGAUAUAGGUAUUUGGCAUGUUCCAAACAAAACUCCAUUACCAGCUUGGAAGAACGCAGCUUUGCUUCGAUAUCGAACAAACUCUGGAUUUCUACCAAAAGAAGGCGACAAUCUUUUCUACUUGUACAAAAAAUACCCAGUGGUCUUCAAUGUGGGAACGUGCAUAAAUCAGAAUGGACCAGCCAUACCCGUUGUCUAUGACUUUGGAGAUAAAGACAAGACAGCAAAUUAUUACUCGCCUAAUGGAAAAAGUGAGUUUGAUCCUGGUUUUGUCCAGUUCCGAGUGAUAAACAACGAAAAAGCCCCCCUGGCAUUGUGCCCAGGUGUCAAAGUCAAGGGAUGCAAUUCAGAGCAUUACUGUAUUGGAGGUGGAGGAUUCAUGCCUGAACAGAGCCCCAGACAAUGCGGAGAUUUUGCAGGUCUGGAUUGGGAUGGCUAUGGGACACGCACAGGGUGGAGCGCAAGCAAAGAAAUCACUGAUGCUGCUGUGCUGAUCUUUUAUUAUUAAUAGAAUAGCAAAAGUUGU